AUGAGCAUCAAGGACAGAUUUAAAGGUGAAUUGAAUGCUGAAGAAGUUGAAGAGGCGGAAAUUCAAAUCAUUAGAACAGCCCAAAAAUGUGAGUUUCAUUGUGAAUACAGAUUGUUGAAACAGAACAAACCUCUUCACCAGAGCAGCAAGUUAUUGAGUCUAAACCCUGGAACUGAUGAAGACGGACUCCUGCUGUGUGAUGGACGUUUGAAAUAUGCAGAAUAUUUACCAUAUGAUGUUCGAUACCCUGUCAUUCUCCCUAGAAACAAUCGUGUCACUACACUUAUUAUCAAGUAUCACCACGAAAAAGGAAAACAUGUGACAGGAACAAAUCACACACUUUCUAUGAUCUCAUCACGGUUUUGGAUAAUAUCCGCACGAGAAGCAAUACGGAAGUGGGAACGACAAUGCAACAAAUGUUGCCGCAACAAAGCCAGACCAGCAGAACAACUGAUGGGUCCCCUUCCAUCAAUUCGUACAAAGCAACCAUUACACGCAUUUUCCCGAACAGCGGUUGAUUAUGGAGGACCUUUCACUACGAAGCAGGGACGCGGAAAACGGCGAGAUAAGAGAUAUCUAUGUCUCUUCACGUGCGUGAUGUCAAGAGCAGUGCAUCUAGAAGUUGCCUUCGGACUUGAUACAGAUUCGUUCCUCAACGCAUUUUACCGGAUGGUUAGCCGAAGAGGUCUAAGUAGUGUAAAAGUACCCUUUCUGGGCCAGAUACCUUACUAUGGGCUCCACAGUGGAGCUGUGGAGCAUCUGACGUCAUCCAUAACCAUAGCAACACCAAUGACGUCAUCCAUAACCAUGGGAACCCCAACAUCAUCCGUUCCAUAUGUUAACCCCUAG